AUGACUCUAUCAUCAUGUCAGUAUCUACGAAGUAGGCAGUUUUCAACAUUCACUGCGAGACUUUUAAAGUCAAGGGAAAUUAAACCAAUUUUCAAACCACAUUUUUCAAAUCCUAAAAACAAUAAUCAAUCAUUCCAAAAAAACCUACCGUUAUCAGAGAAACCACAGAAACCAUGGGAAAUAGAAAAUAUAAGUAAAGAUAGAUUUUUUAAAAGAAAAUAUGGGAAAAUGUCAGAUGAAAGAAGAUCACAUUUACAAGAAAAAGUAGCAAGACAAAGAAGAUAUAGAGAAAUGAAAAAAAAACAUGAACGUUCAAAAUUUGAAAAAUCAAAUCCCAAUUUUAAAAGAAGUAUUAAUGAAAUUGAUUAUGAAGGACAAAGUGCUAAAGAAAUAAUGGAAGAAGAUGGAAUUAAAAGUAGGAAAGAAGGUAAUAUGAGUGGUAUAGGUGGAACAUUUUUUGAAUUUGUUUAUGGAACUCAUCCAAUAAGUUCAGUAUUAAAAGCAAGAAAAAGACCAAUAUUAGGAUUAUAUACUUUCAAUUCUGAUGAUAAAGAUUUAAUUAAAAAAGCAGAAAAAGAAUAUGGUGUUAAAACUCAAAAUGUUAGGGAUAAAAAUGCUUUAAAUAUUUUAACUAAAAAUGGUGUUCAUAAUGGGAUAGUAUUAAAAACUAAGCCGCUAAAUAUACCUUAUAUUACUGAAGUUGGUCAUUCUGAAGAUAAUAAGUAUAAAUUAAUUAUCGAAGAUGAGGAUGGAAUUGAUACUCCAAUUGAAAAAUCCAUAAUAAGAACUGAAGAAAUACAAUCAGAAGAAGAUGAAGAAGAACUUUAUCCAUUAGCAUUAUAUUUAGAUGAAAUAACAGAUCCUCAAAAUAUGGGUUCAAUAUUAAGAACUGCUUAUUUUUAUGGAGUUGAUUUUAUAGUAAUACCGGAUCAUUCAAGUGCAAAAUUAGGUCCAGUUGCAAACAAAGCAUCAUCAGGAGCUUUGGAUCUUAUAGAUAUUUAUCAAACUGAUCAAAGUUUAAAAUUUAUUGAUUCUGUUAGAAAUAAUGGAUGGAAUGUUAUAAGUACAAGUUCAAAACCUGAUGAUUUAAAUUUAAAAUUGCUAAGAGAUAAAAAUUAUAAAAUUGAAAUGAGUUUAAAAGAUAAAUUUAUUGAAUUAAAUGAUUUAAAAACUAUUUCAAAAAAGACUCCAGUAAUGUUGGUUAUUGGUAGUGAAGGUAAAGGUGUUAGAACAAAUAUGAAAUUAAGAAGUGAUUAUCUUGUUGGUAUACCAAAGUAUAGGAAUGAUGAAGAUGAUAUUGUUGAUUCAUUAAAUGUUGGAGUAGCUACUGGAGUAAUCAUACAAAGCUGUUUAUAA